GCUCGCAGCCCGCACACUGAUUUGCAAAGGGCUGAGCUGGAAGUGCGGCUGCGGGUUUCACCGGCGCAGACCCAGCAGAGCCUGCCGUGCGGGUCGCGCUGUUGUCCGGCUGCGGAUCCAGGCUUGUCCCGCUGUGCCGCUCUCCGCUGCAACAGACAUGCAGGACCCUCGCCCUCGGGGGGUUUGAGAUUUUUUAUUUUCUUCCUUUAUUGUGUUGGUGUGUGUUUGUGUGUGGUGGGGUGGUUGUGUGGUUGGCAAUGCCGGAGAAGAUGACCAAGUUUCUGCAGAUAGCGCCCCACUCCCUGGCCGUGGUUUUGUCGCCGCCGGCCAGGGUUGUCCCGGCGACCGGCGAGAAGAUGCAACGCCAGGACACCGGCUACCAGGUCUUCGCCGACUUCAAAGCGGAGAACAUGCAGCAUUUUUGGAACAAGCGGGUGACGGACGCCAUCGCCGAGGUUUUCUUCCUGGGUUGGGUCGACAGGCAUGUCCUACUCAUCCAAGGCAAGGAACCCCACCUGGAAGUGCUGAGGGAAGCCUGGAUGAGAAGAUCUUUGAAGCCACCCAAGAACUUCAGCAUCAAGUAUCUGGGUGAUGUGUCACCGAUCAGCAUGUCCCCCAUCAGUCAGUCACAGUUUAUACCACUCGGCGAAAUUCUUUGCCUGGCCAUCUCGGCAAUGAAUGCUUCAAGGAAACCAGUCACACACAAGGCGCUGAUGGAACACUUAGCCACUUGCUUCCCAGGAGUGCCCACGCCUAGUCAGGAGAUCCUUUGCCACACCUUGAACCUUCUGGUGAGAGAGCGGAAGAUCUACCCGACCCCCGACGGCUAUUUCAUCGUCACCCCGCAGACUUACUUCAUCACGCCCUCCCUGAUCCGGACAAACAGCAAAUGGUACCACUUGGACGAGAGGAUCCCGGAGAGAUCGCAGUGCACGUCGCCACAGCCCGGCACGGUGACGCCGUCCAACUCCGGCUGCCAACUCCGGGACCGUGGAGGGGGUCACCACCACCGCACCCACUGCGACUCCUGCAACUGCUUCAGGGAGGAGUCGCACAACCACCCUGCGUCCACCCUGCAGAGGAAGUCGGCCAAGGAGGGCAAGGACUCCUCCCACUGCCCGCCGCCCUCCUUCCACCCGACGGCGGCAGCGGCCAGCCAGACGGAGAAGAGCAAGAGCACGGUCAACUGCUCCUACAAGAUGGAGAGCUUGCCCAAGCUAAAGGAGGGCGACAAGCCGCCCAAGAAGUUCGGCCUGAAGCUGUUCCGCCUGAGCUUCAAGAAGGACAAGUCGAAGCAGCUGGUGAAUUUCUCCGCCCAGUUCCCACCCGAGGAGUGGCCCCUUCGGGACGAGGACAACCCCACCUCCAUCCCGCGGGAGGUGGAGCAGGAGAUCAUCAAGCGCAUCAACCCCGAGUUGACGACGGAGAAUGUCAUGAAGCACACGGCGCUGAUGAAGAAGCUGGAGGAGGACAAGGCCCAUCGCCACAACAAGCCCAGCUCGUCGGCCCAGCACAGCGGCAAGAGCCGGAGGAGCCGCGGCCACAAGAAGCCUCACGGCAAGUCGCGGUCGCACAGCAAGUCCCGGGUGGCGAAGGGUGGGGAGCAGUCGGAGGACACCCACUUGGAGCUGACGGGGAGCAGAGAGUAUGAGUUGUACGACCCGGUCACCCGGGCCCCCUGCGUCAAUGGGAUGGAGCCACCACGGGGCGACAACGGCUUUGUGGCCUACGACAGGCUGAACGCGGCGGAGCCCCGCUACCCGGUGGCGCCCGAGUGGGACGUGUCGGGCGACCUGUACAAGAGGCGGAUGGAGAGCCAGCUCCCCAGGGACGGCCUGCAGCCCAAGGUCCACCGCAGCCACAGCCACACGCAAGACCGCAAGUCCCGGACCGACAGGAGCGGCAAGGCCAAGGAGCGCUCGAGAUCCAUGGACAACGCCAACCGACCCCUGGGCGCCGUCGUGCCGGUGGAGGAGGGUCAAGGAGCCGGCGACAAAUCCCGCUCUGCCAAACCGCUCGGCCUCCUCCACCGGGCUGCCGGGCUGGCCUCUCAUUCCAAUCACAUCACCGAGCCGAGUAUCCCCGAGUGCGUGGACAGUCACAACCCCGGCGAGGCCGCCAACGCGCCGCAACCCCUCCCGCCCGUGGUAAGUCUCCGCGACCCGGGCAGCACCGAGGCGGAGAGGAACCCGUGCAAGGAGAGCAUCCCACGGACUGCACCUUCUCCCCCGGUGGCCAGGCAUGACGGCGACGACGCCUUCAAGGACUGCCAUGCCCUCACCUUGUCGGACGGGGUGACCACGUUGUCCCCCUUGGACCGACUGUCGAGGCAGCCAGCGCCCGUGGAGGAAAACGUCAACGGGCAGCUGGAACAGUUGUCGCUGCUGCCGAACCAUUAUCUGGACAAAAACGAGACGAACGGCGGCGUCAGUUUGCCGCUGAUGGCGACGACGGCGGUGGUCAAUGGACAAGCCUUCACCCCGCCGUGCGAAUCGCCCGCUGUAAACCGCCUGGACGAUACUUGCCCGGAGUCCCCCGGCAUAUCGUCCUGUAAAUCUCAGCACGUUAAGCCGUCGGGGUUGUUUCAUACGAACUGCGAGAAGCUGGCGGGCAUGAUGCCGCCCGUCCCCGGGCACGGCCACCCGUCGGGGCACCACGAGUCCUCGUCUUUCGACUACUACAACGUGUCCGAGGACGACGACGACUCGGAGGACGACGGCGGCGGCGGCGGCAAGAGCCCGCAGGAGGGCAAGAGGCGGGAAGACGGCGGCACUGUGCAGUGGCUGCUGGAGCGGGAGAAGGACAAGGGGCUCCAGAGGAAGCACCUCACGCUCCUCAGCCCAAAAGAGAGCGAGACCAACCCCGCUCAGAAGGCCACCCACUCCGCUCGACUCGACAGCAUGGACAGCAGCAGCAUCACAGUAGACAGUGGAUUCAAUUCCCCUCGUACUCGUGAAAGUCUGGCCUCUAACACCUCCAGCCUCUUAGACAGCAGCAAACAUCAGAACCCUUCUCUUAGCCCGGGAAGAGGAGGCGCGGCCGAAUUCACGUUCCGAGCAACUGCGGAUACUGUGACCAGCAAAGCCGAGACACUUCAGAAACCGGCGAAGUGCCUGGCUUCUAUCACCAGUGUUUGAGUGCUGUGUGGGUGUGUGUGUGUGGUAGAUCCUGAACCUUGGCCAGCAUACUUCAAACCUGCACUUCAAAAUGUUACUUGAGACUUCUCGGCUAGUGCGCUAGCCAUGCCGCUGGGCCAUUUUGGCAUGUUAGCACGUGACAGAGGGGGCCAUGCAAAACACACGUAGCGGCCAUUUUGUGACUUGGAGCUUUCUUUUUUUUUUGGUUUUGCUUCCAGGAGCACUUAUUAAUUUUACCUCUUCAUCCUUUAGGUAUUGAGCGGGUAGUGCGUCUCACUGCAUGACCCUCUCCUGCACCACACUCCAUUGUGGUUUUGGUAAAGAAGAGAAAAACAAAAAGCACAAAACUGUUUUAGCACUUCUUGGCUCUGGGUUUCUUGACGGUAUCCGAUUUAAAACUCAAUUUUUAGAAAUAACCUUCUUUAGAACGUUAUCAAGCCAGCAAAAUACUGUUUUUAGCAAGACCCGCCCGCGCAUGUGAUAAAUCUGGAUGCGCUCCUCCCAGUUUGACAGUCUAACACACUGAAGAUAUUCUCUUCAACUCUCUGUGGUCAGUUAUUUCCGAUCAGUGUUGUCGUUUAAUAAUAGUUGUGUUGUACCAACAGAUAAAUGUUGCACUAUUAAAAGAUGAAAUGAUGUCUCAUUUUUUUUACUGUACAAGAUGAUUAUACAUCUGGCUGUGUUACUGUACAUAUAAAUCACUAUUAAAGUCCUUGAAAGCUAACCAACAGUAAACUUGUGAUAAGUUUUACAGUUGUUGUAAAUCUUACACCAAAAUAUGUGAAUUUGAUGUCCCUUAUUUUCCUGUGCAAAAUAGAUAUGCUUCAGAGAAAGUGCAGCCCAAUAGACAAUAGAUGCAGGAGUAGGCGGUUUGGCCCUUCGAGCCAGCAAUGUCAUUCAAAGCCGAAUACACAUUUUUCCGGUUGAAACAAAACUCCAGGCACUCCCCGACUUAUGUCAGGGUUACGUUUAGACGGGAGAGAUACAGCGUGGAAAUACUAAGUGGAAACCACUAAGUCUGCGCCGACCAGCAAUCCUCGCACGCAAACACUAUCCCAUGCACACAAGGGACAAUUUACAAUUUUACGGAAACCAAUUAACAUACAAACCUGUACGCCUUUGGAGUGUGGGAGGAAAACCGGAGCACCCGGAGGAAACCCACGGGGAGAACGUGCAAACUCCAUACAGACAGCACCCGUAGUCAGGAUCGAACCCGGGACUCUGGCGCUGUGGGGCAGCAACUGUACUACUGCGUACACCGUGCCGCCCCUGGGUCACAUGACGUGAAUCCUUACUAAAGACGUCAGAUUGUACGUAAGUAGGAAUCUCAGUCCCCACCCCCUGCCUGAAAUCCCUCACUGAGAGAAUGCACUGUCUCAGUGCCUUCCUCCCGUGCCCAGGGCACUUUCCACAGCCUGCGGCCUUCUGGGUAAGUCCCGCCCCCAUUGCUGGCAUGUUUCUGAUAUCGACAUUAUGUAUCUUUUGUGCCCAACAGUAGUUGAUUGUGCCUAAACCUGAGGGGAAAAGUUAGGAUGAGUCUUCUCCCCCAGAGUUUGGGAAUCAGGAACAGAGGACAUAGGUUUAAUGUGAGAGGAACCUGUGGGGCAACUAUUCAUUCAGAGGGUGGUGGGUGAGGCAGGUACUAUAACACCAAUAGACAAUAGGUGCAGGAGUAGGCCAUUCAGCCCUUCGAGCCAGCACCGCCAUUCAAUGUGAUCAUGGCUGAUCAUCCCCAGUCAGUAACCCGUUCCUGCCUUCUCCCCAUAUUCCCUGACUCAGCUAUUUUUAAGAGCCCUAUCUAGCUCUCUCUUGAAAGUUAAAAGACAUUUGGACAGGUACAUAGACAGAAAAGGUUUAGAGAAAUAUAGGCCAAACGCAGGCAAAUGGGACUAAGGGCAUGAUGGUCAGCUUAGGUGAUUUAGGCUGAAGGGCCUGCUUCCGUACUCCCUUACUCCAUAACUUCAUGCAUGCUUCAAAUUGAGGCCAGUCAUACAGACACAAAGUGCUGGAGAAACUCAGCGGGUCAGGCAGUAUCUCUGCAGAAGGUGGAUAGGUAACGUUUUGGGUCCUGAUGUCCUAGAAACGUCUGCUAUGCAUGUUCUCCAGGGAUGCUGCCUGACCAGCUGAGUUUCUGCCAUUUCUUUGUGUCAUUUCUUUCAGCAAACCAGCAUCUACAGUUCCUUGUUUCGACCUGGAGUCAAGCCCAUGUGGCCCAACUUGAUUAGUACGGGUGUCAGGGGUUAUGGGGAGAAGGCCGGAAAAUGUUAGAGUUAGAAGGGAGGGAUAGAUCAGCCAUGACUGAAUGGCAGAGUAGACUCGAUGGUCCGAUUGGCCUAAUUCUGCUCUUAUGAAUUUGCCCACACUGACCAAGAUGCCCCACCUGCGCCAGUCCCACCCUCCCGUGUUUGGCCGGCAUCCCUCUAAACCUUUCCUAUCUGUGUAUCUGCCCAAAUACCCAUCUGAAGAAGGGUCUCGACCUGGAACGUCACCUACUCCUUUUCUCCAUAGAUCCUGUCUCACCCGCUGAGUUUCUCCAGCAUUUUUUGUCUACUCUCCCAAUUAUAAACCUUGUUUCCUUCUAUAAAUCUGGGUUUGUUUUACGCCUUGCAUUUUGACAGACUUGUCCCACUGCGGGUGUGAGGGAGGCCAUUGCAAAAAAAAAAAUCAUGCACCAUUUCGAAUCUUGUAGCUAUUACCAGUGCACCUCAUUCAUGUAAUAUCUGUGUCAUUGUACACAUGGAGGUGUUUGUGGUCACUGAAAAGGUGCGGAACAUUAGUUUGUAGCUAAUUCCCUUUUAGGAAGGGCAACUCUGAAACUAUCCAAGAAUUAUAAGUUAGUGUGUGAUCGCUGGUCGGCGUGGACUCGGUGGGCUGAAGGGCCUGUUUCCGCCCUGUAUCUCAAAACUAAACAAAACUAAUUUAUAGGUAGAUAAAAAUGCUGGAGAAACUCAGCGGGUGAGGCAGCAUCUAUGGAGUGAAGGAAUCCCUUUGCUCCAU